UCUCUUCUCCGCGGGCCACGGGCAGUUUGACAGUGGUACUUGAGACGGCUGUCAGGCUCCAUUCUCCCUGAAAGCCUCAGUGAACAGCGUGCUUCUCUCAGCAUGGCAUCUAACGAGCUGGCAAAGAAGCUGCAGUCGCGGCUGGCGGCUACGCAGGAGACCGAGCCGAGGCCGGAGCCAGAACACAGCCCAGUCCGACCCAAGCCGCAGGAGGCCGAUGGAGCCUGCGGAGACUCGUCCUCCGAGCUGUCCGCGAUACUGACCCGCAGGCAGGACAUCAACGAGGGCAACGCUGCUCCACGGCUGACCCGCGUCUUCAACCCCUACACGGAAUUCAAGGAGUUCUCCCGCAAGCAGAUCAAGGACAUGGAGAUGAUGUUCAAACGGUAUGACACUGGUAAAGAUGGCUUCAUCGACCUGAUGGAACUGAAGCUAAUGAUGGAGAAGCUGGGAGCCCCACAGACUCACCUGGGCCUGAAGAACAUGAUCAAGGAGGUGGAUGAAGACUUUGAUGGCAAGCUGAGCUUCAGAGAGUUCCUGCUGAUCUUCCGGAGAGCGGCGGCUGGAGAGCUGCAGGAGGAGAGUGGUCUGAUGGCUCUGGCCAGGCUUUCCGAGAUCAACGUCUCCACGGAGGGAGUGAUGGGGGCCAAAGACUUCUUUGAAGCCAAGAUGCAGGCUCUGUCUCUGGGCAGCAAGUUUGAGGCGGAGAUUCGGGAGGAAAAAGAGGAACGCAAGAGACAGGAAGAGGAGAAAAAAGAGAGGCAAGCCGCCUUCAAGCAGCUGCAAUCCACCUUCUGUUCAUGACCCGCCACAGGAGGCACAUAACAAUCCUGACAUGCACAGUCAGUGUUACUGACAUUUUUAGGAAUAGCUUUUCAUUCCACUUACACUUUAAUCAGUGGCAUUGCUCAAAAUGUGGGACUAAUUAACAAAAAUAGCAAGUUUCAUUAAAGUUAACACUCACUUAAAUACUUGAAAAUGCCUCAUAACACAUGUCACAGGCAAGGUUUAUUAAUUCCAGACUUUCUGCAGCUGUCCCACAGAAAGCAAUAAGGCAAAAACACACAUUCAGAUGUAUAAGGAAAUAUGAAGUGAUAUCUCCAAACUCAUGGAAGUAUCAUAGAUAAACUGUGCAUUACUGUGGAAUUGUUCUGUCCGUCUGUACAAGAACUGGAAGUUUUCAUUUUGAGGGAAUGUGACUUGUUUAGGCAGAGUUAAGCUGUUAUCAGUCUGUCCUACAUAUGUUGUUUGUGAAGCGUUUUUGAUUUAAUGUUACAGCUCAUAGUUGUUGUUAAAAUAUCGUAUUAUUCAGUUAACACUGUCAACCUGUGAUGAAUACAAUAAUAUAGUAGUAGAAUAACUGCGUCACAGUAUUAGCAUAAUAGUAAGUCUUGACAUCUCAUAGUAUGGACACAUUUGUUGGUGGAAAAUGAAGCUCAACAUUGGUCCUUUACCUUUGGCUCAGUUGACUGAUCCAACACUCAACAGGGUGUACUCUGAUGGUUUUCAUAAAUAAUAUACAGUCUGUAGAUUUGAGCCACACAAAGAACACUCCAUGGUUUCAAUAUUGUGCCCCAAAUCUUAAUAUGACCACCUGUUUUCAAAAUCAGGGUGGUUAUAUUUUGUUAAACUUAGUGCUAUUUUUGUUUGCUUUCUUUCUUUCUGAGAGUGAGAUGAGAUGCCUGUCCCAUGUUUGUGUGUACACAACCUGAGUGAAGCAGUUGUUAGCUUAGCUUAGCAUAAAGUGGAAGCAGGGGGAAAUUACUAUUCUGGCCUGAAACAGUCUGUAGAGCACAUGUUGUAUUUUGUUUGUUCAAUCCACACAAAAGCAGGCCUUUUGAGAUUUUCGUCAUCCUUCAACUUUCUUUACAAACAAUAGUGUCAUGUCUGUUCUUUAAUAGCACAAACUCCCCCACAUUUUUUAACGUUACCUCCAGCCCACCCUAUCUCACCCUUAGAAAGAAAGCAAAGAAACCCUUUUCAUUUUAUUCCUUUCAUGUUUUUUUCACCUGUUGCUCCUGUUGUUAUCCCUAAACCAGGCAUUAGAAAAGGGGACUGAAGUUAAACUCUGAUGGUAAAAGCACAUGUUAAGAUUGAAGAUGCAGGGACUGUUUAUCUAUUUAAGCAUGUUUCCUGUUGUUCCAGGGUUUCUAUACCUUGGCUUGUCAUUCUGUUUUUAGGACCUACAUUCUAAUGAACCAAGCAUUUGCAGAAGGAAUAAGUUGUCAUGUGAAUUUGAUUAUGGUGUAGUUCAAUAUUCAGUUUCAAGAGCAUGCAAUGCAUGCAAUGCAAGUGUCUUAUGUAAGCUAGAUAAUCUUAUAUAUUUUAAAUCAAUUUAGAUAUGUUCCAUAUCAAUUAGAUCAAUAUUAGAAAUAUCCUGCAACAUAGAAUAUACAAAGACAGUGACUGAUGCUUGAUCCAAGCCUUUAAAGGGGACAUAUCCUGCUAUAUUUGAACAAUAUAUUGUAGGGCCAUACCUAUAUAAAGUAUAUAAAUAUAGUUGUUUUUUCAAAAUACCAAAAAGAUCCUGCAUUUUAGCCAUGCCUCAUUUCGCUCUAUUUGCUCUUUCCAGCGCUGUUUUUGCAGGGGG